CUGGUGUGGGUGUGUCCCGGGGCCAGGACGGUCGGGGAGGACAGGGCCUGGCACGAGCAGCGUUGAGGGGGCCUUGCAGCGUUAUCCUGGCGGCACCCUGACUCUGAGGCACUCUGAAGAAGUACUUGGAGCUCUUUAACAGUUUGAUGUUGAACCUUGGACCUGAGGUGAUGCCUGGCUAGACUCCCUGCUCCGUGGCCCCAGCUAUCAUCACUUGGUUGGACGCUGCCACCAGGGCGAGUAGCAUCUCCCAGGCCAUCACAGCCCACCACCAACACCUUCAGUACCGACAACGACAGCAACAACAUGGUCAGGUUUAAGAGAAGGUACCUGGUGGUCGAGGUGGUGCCGGAGGGGGACGGAAAGGUGAGGAUCAGCAAUCUGCAGGAGGCGGUGCUUCAGGCUGUCAAGCGGAUACAUGGGGACUAUGGGGUUGGUGCCGUCACUGCUGGGUUAAGCGUGAAGUACCUCAACCCUGAGACGGGCGCAGCCUUCAUCAGCUCUGGCCGAGGUCCUCACCGCCUGGUGGCCUCGGCCCUCCCCUUCGUCACACAGGUGGGCGGCAAGGCGGCCACCGUGCGCUCCCUGCACCACGCUGCCUCCAUGCGCCACGGCUUCAUCUUCCUCAAGAAGUACAAUGAAGACAAGCUGAAAGAGAUGGAACAGAAGCUGCCCGCCGCGGAGAGGGAGCGCUGGACCCUGGCUGUGAGCUGACACAUACAAGCAGGUGGUAGACAGUCAUGUAGGAUCUUCCAUUUUCAGUAAAUCAUCGCUCAAUAUUA